AGGAGCCGGGUCGUCCAACAACCCUGAGUCAGCCUUUCUGUUAGUCAUCCCAAUAUGUGGAGUUGCUGGAUCGGGCAAGACCACUCUUGCUAAAGAAAUUUCCAAGGACCAAAUGGUUCUUAAGGAGUUCGGGACUUGCAUCUGGAUUGAUAUUCUACCCGACAAGUUUGAUAUGGCAAAAAGACAAUUAGUUAACGAAGUCCAUAAGCGAAGAUGUAAAUCUCAGAGGAGCCUAGUAGUCCUAGAUGACAUGCGUUCAACUGAAGCUUGGGAUACCCUGCGCACAACAUUGCAACAAUUGGAGAAGGGUAGCAAAAUACUUGUAACCACCCAGUCAGGAUAUAUAGCAGAAUACAUUUCUCCAAUGCAAUACGUCCAUAGGAUGAAGCUCUUGGAUAAACCCCAUUGCCUGGCUUUGUUUAAGGAGGUCUUCUCUUCCAACGGUAGAGCUGGCCAAAUGACAACAAAUGCGAUGGAGAUCAUGGUAGAAACUUGCGAAGGUGUUCCACAGCUUAUCAAGGAGCUUGCAUUAAACUUGGCAUAUAUGUCAAAAGACAAGAAGAACAUGGAGCAUAAAGUGAGCCGGAAGUGUCGGUCCAAUUUUCUUUUCCAAUAUUAUCAGAAGUUACCAGAUCACUUAAAACCAUGUUUUUUGUAUUUGGUUCAUUUCUUAGAAAAUCAAGAGAUAGAUCUCGAGAGGCUGUCUCAUUUGUGGAAGGUUGAAGGCUUAUUAUCAACAAAUGAACACGCUAGAGGGGAGAGAAUGAUGGACGUAGCAGAACGUUAUCUGAGAGAACUGGCCCUUAAGGGCAUGAUAGAGCUGGUAAAAGAAGAGGAAGUUCCAACUUAUAAGGAGUUCAGGGCAUGUAGAACUACUGGAGCAAUAAGAAACUUAUGUCAUGACUUAAGUGGUGAACAACAAACUUUUCUCAAAGUCAUGGAUUUAAGCCAAGAUGACUAUUCACUCUCUUCAGAUGCGGAACCAUGUCGACUUUUCAUAUAUCUGGGUAAUCAUCCCCUUGUUGUUGCUCCUAAAGUUGCUAAAAAUGUUCGGAGUCUUCAAAUUGCCCGUGGAAACAAGCAUCAAGAACCAGAAUUUUGUUGGCAGUCUGAACUGCUUAAAUUUAAGGAGUUCAAGGUUCUUAGAAUUCUUGAUUUUGAUGGGAUUGAUUUUCAGGGGCAGGGAUUACCUGCGGGUAUUUUAAGUCUUGUGCCUUUGAAGUAUCUGAGUUUCAAGGGGUGUAUCUUGGAGGAGUUGCCAUCAUCUAUUAGCAAGUUGUCGUACUUGCAGAUACUUGAUUUGAGAGUAAAAUUAGUAUCAAACAAAACGACAAAAAUUCCAAAUGUCCUAUGGAAGAUGGAGAGAUUGAACCAUUUAUAUCUCCCAGUGAGAUUUGAAACUGGAAAUGGAGAAAAACUGCGGCUAGAUACCUUGACGGAUCUUGAAACCCUCGAGAACUUCAACACAAGUGUUUGUAAAGCUGAUGAUGUAUCGAAAUUUUCCAACCUCCAGUACGUGGCGGCAAAGGUGGAGGGGGACUUUAAGGACUUCGUUUCAAUCACAAGACACAUGAAAACUCCACCAACCACCCAGCUAUAUUCCUCCAUUGAUAUCAUAAAUUUGGAUUGCUAUGCAGAGGAAAGGCAUUCAGUCCUUCGAGAUUUGUUAAGGUGCAAAGUUGUUCGAGCCUUGCACUUUAAGGGACAUAUUGGCCGCCUACCACCGUAUGGUGAAAUCUCCAAAAGUUUCACUCAGUUAGUUCUUAAUCGUUCUCAUCUUAACGAAGAUUCAAUGAUAACCUUGCAGAAGCUUCCUAGUUUACGGGUCUUGGUCCUCUCUGAUGAUGCUUAUAUGGGGGAGAAGAUGGUCUGUUCUGCUUCAGGUUUCCCUCAGCUCAAACAUUUACAUCUCUUGAAUUUGCCCUCCCUGCGGAGUCUUGAGGUGGAAACUACAGCCAUGCCUCUACUUUCCACCCUAAACGUUAAGAGCUGUCUGAAUCAACGUAUCCUGCGUGAUUGUCUGAAUUUUCGUGCUGGUCUCCGAAUAGUACAGAGCUAGUCUGAGGAUGGUAUUUGGCCUGAAUGUAAGAGCAUCGAUCACGAGCUUAUCAUUGUUAGCAUGCUGAAACUAUAUUUCCAGCUAGCUAAGAUUAGUUGCUAUCAUUUUGCUGCUCCAUUAAACUAAAUUUGCUAUUCCGAACGUUUCAAUAUGGUUGUUUCUUGAGAUAAUAACAUUUCGGGGGAUUUUAAUGAGUACUGUUUUGUUGUA